AUUUUUCAUCACUUCAGAUUUAGACGGAGAAUGUUUCUUACGUUUAAUUUAUACGAAUUUGAGUCUUUUGUUCGUCAUCAAAAUUAUAUGAGGAAAAUUUAUUUAGUCUAUGUUUUGUUUGAAAUGCAUUUAAAUCGGAUUAUAAUUCCAGUCAAACGACUUUAAACGAAACAAAACAAGCAAACCGACAAACACAUUUCGGAUUAUAAUGCGCAUGAUUUUCAAUGCAACAAGGCUUAUUCCGAUUACAAUUUACAAUUUUAUGGAUAGGAAAAAAUCUGAAUGUAUCGGUGUACAAUUCUGCGAAAUGCCGGUUUAGAUUUAAAGAAUACCCGUGAUGCUUAUGUUAGAAGAUGUGGUUGAAUGCAAACGUAAACUGAUGAAAGAAAAACUGUUUGUUGUGGUGUAUAUUGUUAUAUUCAUUUGUCUUCUGCUUCUAAUGGAAAGUGGAACUUUCAGUCUCCAAAGUAUAAAAGCAAUUAAAGCAAAUCCGGAAAUGUCUUUUUUAAAUCAAAAUAGUGUCUGGAAUGAGCACAUAGUGGUAAAUAACAUACUAUAUAGAGGCGGUCGUUUAUUGACAGAAGAAAACAUGGAGAACAUAAAGGUUCAUAGUGUCAACAAGUGCAAAAGUCGUAGAUAUCUUGUAUACACAUGUGAUUAUUCAAAAUUAUGUGGGGGCUGGGGUGACCGUCAGAAGGGCAUUGUAUCAUCAUUUCUAUUGGCACUUCUGACAAAUAGGACUUUUAUCAUCGAUAUGACAGACCCAUGCCAACUAGAAAACUUUCUCCUGCCCAAUGUUUACAACUGGUCAAUAUGUAGUAAUUAUGUAAGAACUCUUCCAAAGAAAAAGUUUAGUAACUUCGGUUAUGUGGUAGGUGGUAGAAAAUUUUUGAAGCAAAUUAAAAACUUUAAUUUUGACAGGAAUUGGACAGCACAAGUUAUAAAUUUGCGAUUCAAUGCAUAUGUUAUUGAUCAGAUAAGACAACACAAGCAAGCUAAAGCACGACUGAACUGGUUGUUGAAUACUACAAACGAGGAGGUUAUUCCUAGAGUACUGCACACUUUAUUUCAACCAAAUCAAAGAAUUCUGGAUGAUGCUGUCAAGCUCCACAUGAACACAAUACAUGGCAAACAUUUAGUGUGCAGCCAUAUCCGCAAGGGAAAGAAUCCCAGUAUUCCUGAAGAUAGCAAAAGUCCUAAAGUAACUCCAAAUGAGACUUUGAUUUUUGACUUUUUGAAAAGGUAUAGUGAUGACAGAAAAUACACUAUCUAUAUUGCAACUGAUUCGGACGAAGUUAGAAGACUAGCUGAAGCAAAUAUCAGAUCAUAUAUUAACAUUAACCGAACAAUUAUUCAUGUUGAUCGCCUCGGAAAACUGAAAAAACAUAAGGAAGUAGCUUGUGAAGGAUUUUAUACAGUAAUUUUUGAGCAGUUUAUACUAUCGCUCUGUGACACACUUGUUUUAACUCGAAGUAAUUUUGGUGGUAUUGCAGCAUAUAUUAGAGGCAUUUCGGACAAUCUUUUCCUCUAUAAUCAGAAAACUAAUACAAUAUUUCCAUCCAACUUAACUUAUAUGCAACGCAUAUUUAAAUUUAUUUAAAGUUGGACUGUAGCGGUGGAUCACUUUAAUCAUUUGCAAAUGCCUCAGAAACAAGCACACGGAUCGUUUAAUUUCAUGUCAUAUCAUAGGUCAUAUGUUUAUAUACAACUGUGAGAAGUUUCAUUAAACUCUAAAUUGUAAAUAAAUUCUAUUCGUGGAGUUGUUGUGAAACUUAUGAUAUUCCCAUAGACUCCCAUUAUGAAAACUUGCGUGACGUCCUAAUUCUUCAAAUUAGUCUAGCAAAAAAUCAAGCGCACGAUCCUAUCCUUUUUCAUUUUCUGAAUUUUCUAAGUAUAUUCUGAGGUUUUGAAAAAUUAGUUUUUAAUCAAAUUCUACAUUGUAAAAACAAAUUUGUUCCGAACAUGCAGAGCUACCUCAAAAAAUGUAGACUUAGUAAUGAAAUCACUGCAUCGGUCUGUUCAUAAUUCU